GAUUUGACGCGGUGCAAUAGCAAAGGCUAUCGACCCUCCGCGGUUACUUGAAAUAACUGUUGUUCUGUUGGAAACAAGCAUCACAAGCGGGUCUGGAACAACACGGCCAGUCGUGCUGGUUUGUGGGACUCGUACGGACUACGCAUUUAAUUAUAUUAGCAAAAAAUAUUCGAAGUUCAAAAUGUACCGUAACAUUUACAUUUUUACAAGCAUACUCUGCGCGUAUGUGGAUUCAUUGAGUUUUGAUCAACGGCAGAAUGGCGAUUUUAAUGUUCAAGUUGAUGUCAAAGAUGUACAAAUUAUUGCCGUUUUAACCGGCGAUAAGGAGGAGUAUGUGGAUUAUGACUACGCUUAUGAUUACUCGCAGCUGACCAUAAAACCUCAAAAUCGAACUACUCCCAGGCCUGGUUCAACGACACCAUUGAUAUCAGAAAAUUUGGCGAACUUAUCCGAUUCUACGACUGUAGCCGCGACAGUUUACGAGGAAACAAACGGCACAGCAUACGAUAUGAAAAACACAACAUUGUUAGAAGAGAAUAGCACUGUGUCCGAAUCAGAAGCGGUUACAUCAACAACGACGAGGUUUGUGAUGGAGGGUGCAAGUCCUGCGCCGACUACUCUCUCAGAUCCUAAAGUAAACACAACACUUACUACGAGUCCAAGUCCAGAUGUUCCAAUUUGUAGAAAAGGUUUCGUUGUCAAUAGCAAUAAAGAAUGUCAACCAAAAAGCAAUACUACAGAAAAUGCGUUAAUCAAACUAGUGAAACUAUCUCAAAAACUGAAAUUAAGAAGAGAGAACAAGAGUAACAAUAAUUAAGUUGCACAUAUUUUGUAUGGGCUAUCUAU